CCAGCUGCAAGUGAGACCACCACCAACAGCACCAUUUUCACUUCGCAGGACCACCUUUACCCUCACACACAACCAACCGCCAUGGGGAGCAGACAAGACACAGGGCCGCAGGCGCGGAAGCCUCCAAAGUCCAUGUUGUACACUCGGACCGGUGACAAGGGAACAUCUCAGCUCUACACGGGCCAACGCCGUCCAAAAACAGACAUUGUGUUCGAAUGCCUCGGACACGUGGAUGAAUUGAAUUCACAGUUUGGCUUGGUCCGAGAGCACCUGGACGCACGCCUGCUGCACGACGUCGAUGCUGAUUUGCACGAGAUUCAGUGUCUUCUCAUGGAGCUGGGCACGCACAUUGCCAGCCCUGGCGUGGUGUCCGUCAAGGACUUUGACGAUGAUGCAACGAACCUCAAGUGGCUGGAGCGCCGCAUUGACGAGCUGGACAGCGAACUUCCGCCCCUCAGGAACUUCAUUCUUCCCUCCGGCGGUAAGGCUGCCGCACACAUGCACUUGGCGCGCUGUGUAUGCCGCCGGGCAGAGCGCGCCCUUGUCCAUCUCCGCCAAUGCAGCAACGACGACGACAACGACGAUAAUGGUAGUGAUGAUGACGAUGACGACGAUAGUGGCGGUGCAUGCUCGGCUGCUGCUCUCAAGUUCAUCAACCGGUUGUCGGACUUUGCAUUCUGCUGCGCACGCGUUUGUGCAUUCAGGACUGGCGGUAUCGAGACGGUGUUUCAAAGCAAGCCGGACCGGCGGCACAUUCACACACGAGCAGCAACCAGCAAGGAAGCACGUGCCCAUGGUGGUGGAAGUGGAAGCAGCCAGGUCUUGGUGGUGGCAGCUGUGGCUGUGGCGGCGGCCGUAUGUGGCGCUGCCAUCAUGCACACUGUUCGCCGGCACUCAUAA